AAACGCUGAUCUCUCUCUAAGCCACAGCUGAUCGGAAAGUAUUUCGCAAACCCACAGAUCAUACAGCUGAGAGGACUUCUCCCCUUCCCCCGUGGAUCGAACAGACCCCGGGCUGCAAACCUUUGGAUCCGGUGGUGUCAGUCCACGUCCACGCGCAGCAAACUAGUUGCGUAAGUGAAACUGAUAUCAAACAAAGGCGGCAGACAGACACAGAGCUGUGGGAUCUGGAAAAACAACGAAAAAGAAAGAGGAAACGAAGAGAAAAAGUGCAACAAAAGGAACCAUGUCUAAACCUAAUUACACGGGCGUGUAUCAUAUGGUGGAGCAGCAGAACAUGGACGAAUACCUCGGAGCUUUAGAUAUUAACUUUGCUUUGAGGAAGAUUGUGUGUUUACUAAAGCCCACCAAAGACAUCACCCAUGACCCAGCAACAGGGGCCAUGAAGAUCCGCACCAUCACCACCUUUAAAAACUUCAACAUGGACUUCAAUAUCGGAGAAGAGUUCACCGAAGACCUGGGGCCGGUGGACGGUCGUACCUGUCAGACCACAGUGAGCUGGGAAGGCGACAAGCUGGUUUGUGUACAGCGAGGCGAGAAAGAGGGACGAGGCUGGACACACUGGCUGGAGGGAGACAAACUGCAUCUGGAGAUGAGAGUUCAAGGUGUGGUUGCCAAGCAAGUCUUCAAGAAAGAAUAAUCUCAAUUUAUUCUAAUUAGAAAAUAAGCAACGAACUGGAACAACAAUUGAGAAAAUGUUUAUAGUUUUUUUUUUUCUUAAAUAUUAAUCAACUAUAACCUGAAACAGUGUAAGAUCGAAUAUCUAUCAUGUACAUGUUCUUGUGGCGGUAUUGACAGUGAUGAACUGUGAGAAGUGAGCAGCAGAGCAGACUUGUGUAAACAUUCCCAACAUGCUUCCUUAUAUUGCACUAUCUGUCCUCACAAUGUCAUAAACAAAUCUGACAUCUGUCUC